CAGUAUGGAGCAGUACACAGCAAACAGCAACAGCUCCACAGAGCAGAUCGUUGUGCAGGCUGGACAGAUUCAGCAGCAGCAGGGUGGUGUCACUGCUGUCCAGCUGCAGACUGAGGCCCAAGUGGCAUCCGCCUCAGGCCAGCAAGUCCAGACCCUCCAGGUAGUCCAGGGACAACCCCUGAUGGUCCAAGUGAGCGGAGGCCAGCUGAUCACAUCAACGGGCCAGCCCAUCAUGGUGCAGGCUGUGCCCGGGGGUCAGGGCCAGACGAUCAUGCAAGUCCCUGUUUCUGGAACACAGGGGCUGCAGCAGAUUCAGUUGGUCCAGCCAGGUCAGAUUCAGAUUCAAGGUGGGCAGGCUGUGCAGGUACAGGGGCAGCAGGGCCAGACCCAGCAGAUCAUUAUACAGCAGCCACAGACUGCAGUUACUGCUGGCCAGACACAGACCCAGCAACAAAUAGCAGUUCAAGGACAACAGGUAGCACAAGCAGCUGAAGGCCAGACCAUAGUCUAUCAGCCAGUUAAUGCUGAUGGAACCAUUCUCCAACAAGUUACAGUCCCUGUUACAGGCAUGAUCACCAUUCCAGCAGCCAGUUUGGCUGGAGCACAAAUUGUCCAAACGGGAGCCAACACCAACACAACCAGUAGUGGACAAGGGACUGUCACAGUAACGCUGCCGGUUGCUGGAAAUGUUGUCAAUUCAGGUGGAAUGGUUAUGAUGGUACCUGGAGCUGGAUCAGUACCAGCUAUCCAGAGAAUACCUUUGCCUGGGGCAGAAAUGCUGGAAGAAGAGCCCCUCUAUGUAAAUGCCAAGCAGUAUCACCGGAUCCUGAAGAGGAGGCAGGCACGUGCUAAGCUUGAAGCAGAGGGAAAAAUUCCCAAAGAAAGAAGGAAAUACUUGCAUGAAUCUCGGCAUCGUCAUGCCAUGGCCAGGAAGCGGGGAGAAGGUGGACGUUUCUUCUCACCAAAGGAAAAAGACAGCCCUCAUAUGCAGGAUCCAACUCAGACCAAUGAAGAAGCAAUGACACAGAUGAUCAGAGUGUCCUAACUGCUGCCUAAAGGAAACAUAUAACUGAGUAGAAUUCCUGUCCCCUCUGCAAGUCUCUCCUCUCUUUCCAGUGUAUCAAGCGAGUCUUUCAAUGGGACAUUUGCCAUAUCACAGCCCAUCGUUUUCUACAGAACGAGCACCACGUUUUCAGUAUGUGGUUGAGAUUUUAACUGCAGUUCACUCAACAAAUAGAAACUUACCAACUUGCUUGGUAUGCUCUUCUGAUCCAGCACAGGGGUUUCAGAGGCUGACUGCUCAUGCCUUUUUCUCCUUCUUCUAAACAUCUCUUGCAUUAAGAUUGGCCAUAGGUGAGAGCGUGCUGCUGACUCGGUGAUCAGCAAUAACUCUGGCAUGCUGAAGCAGGGCCAGCAGAGACUUCUUGGAGUUAUGGCCCUUCU